AUGUCAUUGAAUACAAAGAAUAAAGAUCCAGAAAGAUUUAAGAUAGGUGAUCACGAAAUGCCAAAUAUGGAUCAUGAGAAUGAUAACAGCUCCUUGGAGUCGUUGAAUUUCGUGAUCCCUAAAGGAGAUGAAGAAAAGAGCUUAAAAGAUAGAAAUUUAGAGAGGAGAGAAAUAAUGAGAGAACUUUUUAAGGUAGGAAACUUGAUAGAGGUAGUGUAUAGCCAAGGGGCUUGUUUUGAACAGAGGCUUAUAGUUUUUUCAAUAUUAAGUAUACUGGGAAUGGGAGCUUAUGGGAUUGUAGUUUUAGCAGAGAUCUGUAGUCCAGGAAAUAAGAGAAGCAGAAAUUCAAUCACAGUUGAGAUAACUGAUUCAAACAUGAAGCAGCUUUUUGAAAAGCUUGAUCAGAGGACUAAAGAAACUAGGAAAAGUUCAAAAGAAAGAACAGGAGGAGGGACAGUAAUAGGGAAAAAGUUAGCAAUCAAGAUAGUGGAUCUAGAAGCAAACGACUCAGCAGAACUGGAGGACCCACUAGCCACAGCCAGAAAGGAAAUAAGUAUUAUGUCAGAGUUACAGGACUGUGAGCAGAUUCUAAAGUAUUAUGUGACUUUUGCAUCAGCUUCUUUCCUGUACAUUCUGAUGGAAUACGCUGAGGGAGGAUCUCUUUAUGGUUUAUAUAGUAAGUAUGGGUGUUUUCCAGAAGAAUUAUUAGCUUCAGUUGCUCAAGAUGUGUUAAAAGCUUUGAGAAGAUUGCAUGGCCAAGAUCAUUCAAAGUCUCAGCAUUACAUCCUUCAUAAUGACAUAAAGAGUGCCAAUAUUCUCUUGACUAAUAAUUGUGUAGCAAAAUUGGCAGAUUUUGGAGUCUCAAGAAAGGUUAAAUCAGAUUUAAGGCGUAAUCAGGAAGAUUCUGGUUCCAAGGUUAAGAUGGAUUCUCUUUCUAAUGAUCGAGAGAUCUUAGGUAGUCCUUUUUGGAUGGCUCCAGAGAUCAUUUUGGGGAAUUCUUUUUCAGGAUUAAUGGGAGAACCUGGUGCCUCUGAUAUUUGGUCACUGGGGAUCACUGUAUUAGAGUUGGCUUUUGGGAGGAUUCCCUGGCCAAAUUUUGAAUCUUUAGAAGAUUUGUUGGGGUACAUUCUAAGAUCUCCUCCUCCUCAAAAAAUUGUAAGAAAAGAUGUGAGAGAAUUGUUUUCACCAGAGUUCUGGGACUUUGUUGAUUGUUGUCUCACAAAGGAUCCAAGUCUCAGGAAAAGUGCAGAUACUCUACUUAAACAUCCCUUUAUUACACUCAAAGCUAAAAGACCUGGUUCCCUAAAUAUCUUUUUUCAAACUAUUUCUGGAGUUCAAAUUCAUAAUUCAAACUAUAUCCAGAGUAUCUUUAAUUAUGUUAAUCAUCUUUUCAGUUCUGGGGUGAAAGUCCCUACCAAAUACCACUCUUUGACAAGCCGAAACUUCAUCAAAAAGAUAAGUACAGUAUCUAUCAGCAGAUACUUUAGCAGAAAAAGAAGUAGUGUGGUUCAGGGAAUAGGAAAUACCUCAAUAAAAUCAUCUAGGAAUCAAAAGGCAUUGGAAAAUCACCAAGACCCGAGAUUAUCCAUUAGUCACUCCCCUACAAAUUACAAAGAUGAGAAUGGAUCUCCGCUUCUGGACAAGAGGGUAUCCAUGGGACAAAUAAACAGGUGUCUGGAAUCUCCCUCAAUUGAGCUUGGGAAGCUUAAACUCCCUGAUUCUUCCUCUCCUCCUCCUUCAUCUUCUCCUUAUUCCUCCUUCUUGCUUCUACAUGGGAUUUCAAGCCUGAAAUCCACUCCAGAAGAAAAUGAAUCCGAAAUAUCUGAGGAAAUUAGUGUUACUUGUAGUGAUGAAGAAAAAAUCUUAAUUAAGGCAAGUGAGUCAAAAAGAAAGGGUAUUCAUGACAAACAAACUAAAAAAAGAUUUGGAAAUCAAAUACAUAAUAAAGAGAUCAUUCCAAGUGAAAUUGAAAAUAAUACUAAAAAAGAAGUAUCCAAAUUAAAGACUCGAAAAUUUGUCUUUUCUUGCUGUUGCAGUAAAAAUGAUGCAAAUUAA